UGUCUUUGUGUUUUCUGUUUUUGUGUUGUCUUUUCUGAUUUGCUGUUGUGUUUUGCACCUCAGGGCCACCAUAGAAAUGCUCCUCACUCUCUCUAACACCUCCCCCUGUAGUGGUGUGAGAAACAACAAAACACUCAAUAGAAAAAAGGACUUGUAAUGUUGAUGAGCCAGUUUGUUUUUGUAGCUCAUGAAAGCUAACAUUUGUUUUGGCAUUAAUGUAAAUUUUUACUGUUUUCAUAACCUGCUAAAGAACAAUAAAAUAGUCACUUGAAAGCAGCAAACUGUCAAAUGAAGCUGCAACCAUGUAAUGUUUCUGCAUGGCAAAUGUUUACAUACCUUAGAUCUAAUAAAUUGAUCAGUCAUUUCAGCUCCUUCAUUACAUUUAAAUCUUGCAAAAACACUGUGUUGCUUUUAAAACCAAAAAUUACAAUAAAUUAUUCACUGGUAAGACAUAUAAGUGAAAAAUCAACUUACAGAUGUGAAGAAGUUGAGUGUAAAUUAGCUCAAAAGAAAUCCAUCCUAAACAAACCUUUAUUUAACCACGUAAGAGCCCAUUGAGAUUGAGAUCUUUAUUUCAAGGGUGACCUGGCCAAGAGCUCAGCAGCACACGUCACAAUAAUGAUAAUAGUAAAGAAAAAGAAAUGUUCUCCAGAAAUAUAACUAAAAACACAGGCAUUGUUCCAUGGUUUCCCAAAGUCUGUCAUGUAAGACUGACCGAAAUGCUUUUUUUGACAUAUGUCAAAAAAAUUAGACAGAGGAUCAAAAUAAUGUGAGCUUUAGACUCAUGAGUCGAACUGUGUAACUAAUGUAUGAGACGAGACACCUCAAGUGAAACAUUUUUCCCUUUAUUACAAAUACUUUAAACAGAAUAUAGGCAGCGAUCCAACAAUAUGUGAGCCAUACCAUAUGAAAUGUAGAAAAACUGCAAACCACCCCCACAGUGUAGAUGCUUUGUAGACUUAUUUUUAAACUGAUAACAAAAACUCUACAUGUCUCUCACCAUAGUAUUCCAAGUCAAGCUGAGUAUUGAAAAAGUACCAUGUGAAAAUCUUAACUCUGAACCAUUUUACCCGUAUACUUCACCCAACUACAAAUCCAUCCUGAUCAAUUAGAUAUUUGACUGAAUAAAGAAGACUUUAUCUGAAGGAAUAAAGUCCUCUUUGUCAUGAGAGGAUAGAGUCGGUCACUCAUAACACAUGCUUCUGCUUCUCUAGUGCGAUUCAGUUUGCCCUUUUAUGAAAACAGGCGAACCACUUCAUCCACAAGUAAAACUGAAAUACCUAAAUUUUAAGCCAAACUUUUUUGUUAUGAGAAAUUAAACAAGGAAAGAAACUUUGUAGCAGACCACCAGGGGUCCGUUUCACGUAGCAGGUUUAGUGGAAACUCCGAGUUUGUUAACCCUGAAAUCAGGGAAACUCUGAGUUUUCCGUUUCACAAAGGAGGGUUAGUUAAACCAGGGAGAGAGGGGUAACUCUAACCUGUUUCACAAAGAGAGGUAACUCAACCUCGCGGUCAGUUACCACAGUAACAGACUCCGUAAACCUAACCUGCUCGGGAGCAGGUUUAACUCAGUAAACCCAGAGUUUCAGGUGAGACAUCGGCAUUUUCUCAUUUUGAUCAUGGUUUACAUUGUCAAGUAAGUAUUAAGUGGCAGUUUGAUCCGUUAAAAAAUGCUCUUUUCACACUCAAAACUGAAUUUUACUCUCCUAUUAUGUUCCGUUAAAUGAUUAAGAAUAUUAAACUAACACAAAAACGGGUGGUGGUCCAGCAGCCCCACCUUUAACGGAGGCUGAGGAGCUGCCCCCCCCGCUCGACGAUCGCGGCCGGUCCGAUCGCAAAUCCCCCCCCCACAGACACACACACACACGCACACACGCACACACCAGUCCGACGAUCGCUGCUACGAGGUGGGGGUUUCGAUCGUCGGGGGGGGGGGGGGGGGGGGGGGCAGCUCCUCAGCCUCCGUUAAAGGUGGGGCUGCUGGGCCACCACCCGUUUUUCUGGCAUCUGCCCUCUUUCUGUUUGCUGAGUGAAAGUCUAAUAUUGAGUGUAGUGUGUGUUAGUUUAAUAUAUGUACAUAUACAUACUGAGAGUUAGUUUAAUAUUCCUAAUCAUUUAACGGAACAUCAUAAGAGAGUAAAAUUCAUUUUUGAGUGUGAAAAGAGCAUUUUCUAAGGGAUCAAACUGCCACUUAAUACUUACUUGACAAUGUAAAACAUGAUCAAAAUGAUUCAAGCAGUUUCCCUGCAACAGUCUGUCAUUGUGAUUGCACGAGACUAGAUUUAAAGUUACGCAUUGACGCGAGCAGCGAUUUCCUCCCAAGCCCCUUCCCUCUCCUUUGCAGCUGCUGCCGUAUUGCACUUUCUUUUACAAACGUGCUGUAAUUCGCUGUUGGCUUGCUGCUGCCCCCUCCUUCUCCCUGUUUCCAUUGGUUGAUCAUUGAAUCUGCGCUCCACAGAUGCUGGCUGUUUAUGUCUGGCGUGCACGUGCUUAACUCCAGGUCAAACUACUCGGAGUUGUUAAAACCGUCUCAAAUCAGGUAUUGUGAAACCGGAAACUCAGAGUUUCCUAACUCAGAGUAGAUCAACUCAGAGUUAAGGAUUUAACUCAGAGUUUGUUGAACCACCUACGUGAAACGGACCCCAGAUCUUUACACCCCUUUCUUUGCAAACUAACUAUUGGGCAGAAGUGACCUCUAGUGGCAGAUGUGGUUAAUUGUUGUCAGAUCAUAAUUUCAGUUUCUCUAAUGACUGUUAAAGGCCUCUCUUAAAGGGACAGUCCUACAAAAAUAGUUUUUUGUUUUUUUUUAAGAAUUAACCAAAAUUAAGUCAACCACCAAUAAAUUUAUGUUUCUUUUUAAAUAUAUAAUUUAACCUACAUUAUUUAAACAAAAAUUCUAGUACACUUUAAGUGCUAUAAGGGUUUUUAGUAUUUUAUACAUCAAUUUUCCUCCAACUACUUUCAAUUAAUACUUCAAAAUAAUAUUCAGAACUACCAUCUAAAACGGAAUACUGCUAAACAAAUGGUAAAAGAGAAGGAAGUUAUUCUUCAAUAUGUCUAAAUAAACUGCAGAAGUACCAGCUAACGUAUAUUCAAAUCCUGUUUUACUCACUCUCUAUUAACACACUAAGAGUCACAUUCCCCCGAGGUCGGAGUUGUAACCAGAGUUUGACUUUAUGCAGCAUUUUGGUACAGUGAGGUUUCUCAGGUUUAGUGGUUUGGGUUAUAAGCUGGGUUGUAGGGCGGCUGUGGGUUCGGUAGAGGGUACAUUGGCUGACCAGGAGAGAAGGCGCCUGGAUCUGUCGAAGAAACGAAAAGAUAUAGAUGGUGAAUAAUCACAGCAAAGUGACAGUGCAUAGCUUUUUUUUUGCAGAUUGAAAAAAAGUAACACGUUGCAUUUCUUUUGGACUGAAUAAUAACAUGAGCGAUGAUGCAGGGUUGAUUUUUGUUAUUUUCAGUGUAGGCGAAGACAAAACUGUCCUCAGUUUUGUGUUGCACUCACUUGAUUCUCUGAUCUUAGUCAGAAUCUGGCCAAACAUAUUACUGUUAAAAUAAACUGGUAAUAAAAUCUGUCAUCUCCUGUAAGAUGCAUUUUUGGACUUUUAGUCAAAUAACCAGUUAUUUUCUGACACAGAUGUAAGUCUUGGAUGGAUAUGAAGGGUUUCAUACUGAUCCAAGACAAAGAAAAGCUCUAAAUGUUGUUUUUGACAUCAAACCAUAAAUCAAAUUCUUAUUCUGAUGGAUUUGAAGGGUUUCAUACUGAUCCAAGACAAAGAAGAGCUCUAAAUGUCAGAGUUAUUUUGUUGGAGAGAUGAGCUGUCUAUAUUUUGACAUAAUUUCUUGAUACAGUUGUUUCAAUAAGUAUCGCAUCUUGUUUCUAAAACCUUAUCAUAAAUAUGCUUCAUGGCUUUAUUGGUAGCUUGUUACACUCAUUAAAGUCCUUAUUUUUAGCUUCGAAUACCUUAAAAUGAAAUGUACAAAUAUAUUUAGCUAAAUCUAAGUUUUUGUGGUGCUUGACCCCGCCACUGGUUCACCGGUUUUCCACCUUGGGGCCGUUUUUAGCACUUUCCACGGCAGGCUGAACACUCCACACAGAGAUGCUCUGUCCAGGUCAUCUAUCCAUCACAAUCUACUCCUUAAAAAGUUACUCACUCCUGUACAGUCUUUAAUUUUUAACAUGUAUCGAACCACCAAGAAUCGCUGUUGUGAGGAGAUAACUGGAGAAUGUUUUACCACAGACAAUUAUUGAUUUGGAAAGUUUAUUAGUAUUGUAUGUAGGAAAUUUAAAAGGUUUUUAGAUUGAUAAAUAUUAGAAAAGUACUCACUGCCAUCAAAGUAAGGAGGCGGUCCAGAGGGACCACCUCCAAAACCAGGCUGAACAGGUACAGGGUUGUAGCCUGGGCCGGAUGGUUGUCCAGGAUGGUGUGGCUGCUGCGGGACAUGGAUCACAGCAGGGCCUGAAAAAACACAGAUCACAGAGUUUGUUGUGAAACAAAAGAAGGAAGCAGUCAGGACAGAUUUUUGACCAUACACAAUUUAUUGGAUGAAUCUACUGCCUGUGGUUUCCCCCUCAAAGAAUAAAAAGGAAUUCAAUCCGGCAUUCUUUCUUUUAACCAGCAGGGGGCGACACCCUUACUGUACAAGAAUAAUAUUUUCUCUCAAGACAAGUAAGAGGUGAAUCAACAGGUUGCAGAAAGAGGUCAGAUUAUUAGGUCAGCUAUAACCUUUGACCCUUCUUGUCUUUUUUUUUGUUACCUCAGUUAACAUAACCAUUUCCCUCAUCUUUGAACCCACUUUUAAACUUAUUCUAACUAUUUAUGAUAAUGAUUUUGAUACUUUCUAACCCAGUUCAUAAUAAAAUAAAAAUAAAAGUUAUUGCAAACUCUAUUUAAGGCAUGACUUUGCAGCAGUGACAGGUAGCGAUAUAUAAAUAUCCACCUUGUUCUCUGUUCAUGAUCACUUUUAUCACAGCUAUUAAAAAAUAAAAACACAAACAGAAGAUAAAGGUUAGCUCAGUCCAACUAGAAGAAGAGAUGACUGAAAUUCAACCUUUCAGUUCAACUCUUUAAAGCCUGACAGAAAACUUCUUGAAGUUCACAUGAAUCUGAAGUUUGGCCAUAAAAUUUUACUUGUUAUUGGAGCAUCAUUCACUGUUAUGUAAUGUUUGAAACCAGUUACAUCUGUGCCAGCUGUUCAGGUAACAAAGAUGAGCAAAACAGGGAAACUUAAACCUGUCAACUUUUGUUUAAUGUGUUAGUGAGUGAUCUGAGUUCACAUUUUGAGUUGAUUUAAGCCUCAACAGUGUUGGAUGACAGACUGAGGGGAUAAGCACAUGACAUGUUGCAUCUUUAUAUCUUUACCGUGCAUUAGUGUUUUAUUUACAAGUCAUAUAACACAAAGUGUCGGGGAAUAAAAGAGUUAACCAAUCAAGGUGCACUGCAACUAAGACUCAGUUUUAUAUAGUCAUGUGACACCUACUGAUGACUUUAUUUGUGAAAUUGCAUUUCUCAACAUCUUAACUUUUUUUUAAUGUUAUUUGCAGUGAUUUGACUUUUUUUCCUGAAAUGCAAAAUAGAAAAAAGAAAUUGCUCCUGACCCUUAUACUCUAACAUGGAUAUGAGAUGUAUUAAGAGGGCACUAGAAGUUCUGGUUUCCAAUGUUUACACUACGCCAGGUCAAAACAACACCCAGCAAAAAUGUUCAAAUCUGCUUAGUGGAACAGAAAUGACAGUAACCUGAAAACAAGAUGACCCUUCAUGUUUCUGUUUCCCCUCUGAUCAGACGGAUAUCCCUCCAGUCGUUGAACCAUUUGGUUGACAAAGAACAAAGAUGGUUGCUGCUGACUUGGAAAUUUCCAAAUCCUUGCUGGCUUUAGUAUUAAACCUAUUCCACAUUACUUAAUUUAUCUAACAAUGAUUAAAAACCAUCCUUUUUGAAAUAGAUGCCAUAUGAACUUGAUGUAUAAACAAGCCAUUUAGCCAUUUUAGCAUUUUAGUGACCGUAGCAAAUCCUAUGUAGUUGCUGCGAUUACUUCAAGCAUGCAUAUAUGAACCAGCCCAGCAAUGCCAGCCUGAGUGGUGUGUAUCCACUUAACCAAGUCUUGAUAGAAAAUUGAAAAACCCUGGACCUAAAAUGACAAAGUUAAUUCCAACUUCACCUCUCCUUGAAAAACUAAAGCUCUAGAUGCGCCUAACUAGCACAAUGAAACAGAAGCAGUGACAUACCUCGACCGCGUCCUUUUCUGCACUUCUUGUAGAGAAAGCAGCAAGGAGCCAAACAGCAGAUGGCGAGGCCCACACAGAGCAGGACGGGUAAUAUAGACCCUAGGAUGCUUCCCAGAAGAGUGGCAAGUUUGCUUUUUUUGCUGUUAGAACUGUGGAAGACAACCACAAAACAAAUGGAUUAUUUUCCUUGAAAUACACCCAAAAUAUCUCCAACUUUUCUCUCACUGCAUAAUGAAUAUUGAAAUUAAGGUGUAAAACAAGAACCCACCCUCCUCCUCCUCCUCCUCCUCCUCCACCACACAGUCUUUGUUCAUCUGAACUUAUACGGUACGUCCUAUCUUUGCAGCAGGCCAUUUGAUAGCAGUUUCCGCAGCAGUAAUAACUCCCACAGUUCUGCUGGUCAUGGUAGUAUCCAUUUGAGUCCACAUAGUCGGUGCAAUAAUCAGCUGUAACAUGUAAACAUAACAAGGGGGUCAUGUCAUGAAUUGAACUGUUGAGAUUAGCAGGUAAACAUUCAUUUAUCCAACUGGAGUUAGAUUAAAAGGUGUGAUACAAGACUUGAUAAUCAACCUGUUUUUUAUCUUUUUCACUGCAUGCAUGAGACUUAAGAUCAACUUUAAGAUAGUUUAAAACCUUCAAAAAUGAGGUAAACUCACCAAAUACAGCCGGGAGGAGGAUCACACACAAAACACCUACAAAAAUUGAUAGGGAUCGUGAGACCAUUGCGCCUGUGAUUUGGGCGAGUGAGAAAAUGACUUUGACUUUUCAAUGCGACGACUGUUUCAACCUGUCUGACCCACCCUUUAGCAAGUCACCCAACAGCAUUCCUUACUUCAGGUGACUUUGUGCCAUUAGAUGUCUAUAAAUGAUAUCAAGCUCAGAUGUUUGUCUUCUACCACCAAAGUUGACAAAUUCAUGUUCAUGCUCAUGCUUAAAAAUGCAAGAUUUUGCACAGCUUUAGACCUCCAUAUCUGCAACAAUUCAGUGAAAAUUUAUUCACAUUUUACGUUUACUUUUGCCACCAAAGCAAAGCAUAUGAAUUAUGAAAUCUGGAAAUAAAACAUCAACAAAAAUCAACCAACUAAAGUUACAAGUGUGUCCAAAAUAUCUACAUUUCAGUUCUGUGUUAGUGUAGUGAAUUGAAUCCAGCGUGUAGAUGCAGCAAUGUCAACCCCACCCAAGUUCACAUGAGCUUGUUCUGUUGUCUGUCUCCACCCAUACUCUUAACUGGCUUGUCAAACUCAGAAUAUUUUCCCCUUUUGUUCACGAUUUUCCCACCACAACACCGAAGGAAAUAUGUCGAAAUAAAGCACAAGCCUAAAAUCAAGAGCAUAAGUUUGAGGGGAUCUCUUUAUGGACCUGCAGGCCUGAGAAACCAGUUCAAUCCAUGUGCAGAGUUACCUCACAAAGACGUUUGAUUAUUAAUGUCUGUGAAAACUCUGAAUGAUGUAAGGGUAUUUUGCUUAUAAUCUGCACACUCCUUUUGGUUAUUCACUUUUAGGACAUGGUGAUUUUAGUAUACAUCACAAAUUUAAUCCAAGCCUGAUUAUUUUCUUGUGUCUUCAAUUCAAACUGCUGGUAUUAUUCUUAAUCUGCGUGAGUUGUGCUUCAAAACAAAAAUCCACAGCUAUAGCAGACUCUGUUUCUCCUAUCUGUCUGUCUUUUCUCGCUCAUGUCAUUCAUUCAUUCAGACUACUUUCCUUUAGUUUAUAAGACAUAACUCAGAGGCCCCCCUUCCUUGAUUAUCAGUCUCGCUGUUCACCUUAAUACAACUCCCAUUUCAACUAUACGCAAACUUCAGUACGUUUGCUUUACACUGAAGUAAAAACUGUCACAGAAGUUUAGAGGUUUAAAUGUUCAUUUGUAUCUUUUACAUUUACGCAUUUACCGGGAGUGAUUUUGUAACUUUUCACAGCAGUAACAAUGAGCAUUUUUCCACCGUUCACGGUGAGCGCACUAGCAGAUCGAAAGUUUACAGACUCUUGUGCCAGUGUCUGCUACAUUUUUUCUAACCAUUCCCCCUCUACUCGGCUAAUCCAGUAAAAAACGUAAAUAUUUUAACUUUACAGCCUGGCCCAUGUCUAAUCUGUUUAGAAGAAGGAGGCGGGGUUUAUGUCCUAUACUGCAGCCAGUCGGUAGGGGGAGCUCUAAAGCUUAAUAGUCAGUAAACACUUAUGGCGUCCAGUCAAAGGUAAACACAUCAAGUGAUCAUCAAAAGUGAUCAAGCUGUACCAACUGUAUUCCUUCAAAAACUCUUUUUACUGUGGACAACUUGGCUCCGCCUUCCGUCAGUAUAUGAAUCUGAAGCUAAAUUGCUCUCAGUAUUUCCGGGAUUUUCUCCAUUUCCUGGAACCAUCACUUGCGCAGUAGUGUUGUACACAUUCGGCAGGAGAGUCGCUGUGAUGAUGCUCGGCUUGAACAGCGUCUCCCCAGAUGAGCGAUGCAAUCUUUGUACGCCCAUAGGCUGUAUCAAGUGUCAAUCAUAGAAAACAUGAACCCCCUAAUAACUUUUAAAAAUGGAGCUGUACAGAAAAAAAGAGGACUUGAGCACAAACAAGUCUUAAGUUACUACAUGUCAACAUCACAACCAGGGUGAGAAAAUGUAUAUUACUGUGUAAUUAAUUUCUAAAGUUUGUCCACAGCUCCAUAGGGAUUGCUGGAGGAGGCGGGAUUUAUGACCUAUACUGCAGCCCGUCACCAGAGGGUGCUGUUCUCACAGUGGCUUCACCCAGCGAGGAGGCAGACGGCGUCCAUUCUAUAUAUACAGUCCAUGAAUACAUACUGAACAGGUUCAUAAAAACUGCUCAGCGCAUAAAAGCUUCUACUCUAAAGAUUCAAUAACCAAAGUUGAGGAACAUAAAAUAUAUUUUUAUUGAACUCUGCAGAAGAAGUGGUGCAUAUUUAAAAUAAAAAGCAUGUACAUACAUUAUUUUCUUAAAGUAGCAUCAAAGACAAUUAUUCUUGGACGAAAAACACAGAUGGAACAAGAAUAAAUCUCUGCUGGUAUGCAUUUCUUUUUUUUUUUAUCAAGAACACAAAUGGCUACAAUCCACAUAAAAACACUAGGACUAAAGUCGACUUUAGGAACACUGGCCAAAGGACUGAAAUGACAGGCAAACACAUUUAUAGGGAGAGGAGUCAGAAAAAAGGCAAGCCUAUAAUGAAGUGCACAGACAAUUCACACAGUUGAAUGCACAAACUUUAUAUGAGCUGACAGGUGGUUUACAUGUCAACAGGAAAAUUAAAGUACGCCACGGCCUAGAUGUGGCUGAAAGUCAUCCUGAAACCCGUACCAAACACUGAAGCUCAACACUCGGGUUUUUGGGGGUUUCUGACCACAACUUCAAAUCCAAAAUAGGUUCAAAUAGUGCAGCUCAAACGAUUAACGUCUGUCACGUCACAUUAGCAAUCACUAUACUUCUCCAGGCUCUGUUUGAUCGUAAAAAAACAAAAACAAAAAAAGGUUAACUGAAGUUUUUUUUUAAAAAAUGAACAAGUUCAGUCAAAAGGGAUAGAAGUUUGGGCCCUGCUGCAGGAGGACAGAAGUGAAAAAAGAAAACUUAGUGGACUUCUUAGUUAAAAAUAAACACAAAUACGUCAACAGACUAUCUAAACCUGGCUUUUCUGCUGUUACAGGCUACUUAGGGCGAUGAAGAUUCAGAACAUUCAACACAGUUUGAGUUGUAACUUCAAAAAUCAAAGAAGGAAGGCAACAAGAAUGUUGAACUUCUUGGCGUUAUGGUGGAUUUAAGCAUUUUUGAUGAUAUAGUAAACAGAACUAACACCACACGUUAAUGCCGGAGAGUGAAUCGAAGUGUUGUAAAUGUCAUGCAUAUGUUAGUUUGAUAAGAGACACUGAAGGCACACUUGUUUCUUGCAUUAUAGAGUUAGAGGUUUGUAUUUUUUGUUUUUUCAAGGACUCCACUGUGUGAUAUUUGUUGGAAGAAAAAAAAAAUCCUUUGGUUGUUUCAUUCAAAGCUGCCGAUGCAUUUCAGCCCAGUUACACUUGCGGUUUGGCAGGAAAAAACAAACACGAUGACUGAAAAACAGACUGAGAACGACAGAAAAUCUCCCUUUUUGUAUGAAUGCUCAGGCGGCGAAUGUAAACUUUCCCUUUAUUUGUGUGUUCGGCCAUUCCUCCACUUACAUUUUCACUGUUAAACUUUGAAUGGCAGUGAAUAGACAAUCAUAGGUGCUUCAACGACGGCUAAAACAGUGGAAAUGUAUCCCUGUUAUUCGGCAAUUGUAAUGUCAUAUGGUGAAUGAUUUCUGAAUUAGCCCUCAAGUUCUCCAGAAUAAAUGUACCUAACCAAACUGGUUAAUAGGAAUGCAAGUAACUAAUCUAGCUUUAGAUGUUGAUUAUUUCUAUUCUAUCUUCCUAACUUAUAAACCAAACCAGGCGUCCAUGCUCCCUGUCUAUUUGUUUGGGUGUAACACAUAUUUAAGAAACUAUAUGUGUAAAAAGGCACCGGGAAAAAAACAUGAAAAAAGUCUGAAAGCACUUUGAUGAGAGAUGCCAGAGAGAGCAGACAUGUGGAGAUGCCGAGGCACGUUCAGGAGGCCAGAAAUGUGAAAUAAAAAAAAACUUCAUCUCCUCUGUAAAAUCUGACUCAGUGGUUUCAUGUCUUUUUAUCUCAAAAUCAACUAUGAUGAAGCCACAAAGAAAUAUCAAAAAGAAAAGAACACUGUACGCCACUUGUACACCAUAAGUCCAUGCAAUGUGAGCGAAGAGGUAUCAACAUUUUCACUUGGCAACUUUUCAACAGAACCACUGCUCCCCGAAAAACUGCAAAUGAGUCACACUCUUCCCAGAUUUAAAGGAGAAAGAUUUCCUCUCCUGAUUUGUGAGACACAUUUCCAGUUCUGCCAAGUCCAAAAAUGUUGCAGCACGUUUAAAGUGGCUGAUAGUGAAGCGUUGGGGGUCUGGAGGGAGGAGAAAGAGGAAGAGGGGGGAGGCAGUUAUCCGGUAUUGGGUGGUGGUGAAACAUAGUCUGGGUUGUAUGCUGGCUGGGCGAGGUAGUCCGUGCUUGCAGGAGGAGCGUUGGCCUGUGUCUUGGCGGGCGGCUGCAGGGGGUACGGCGGCUGGCUGGGGUUGAACGCAGCCUGGCUGUAAGGCAUCGGGUUAGGAGGGUAGGCAGGACCAGCUGGAAAAAAAAAACACAAGAAGAAGAAGAGGAGAUGUUAAAAAUACUUAACCACAAACUCAGCUGAGAACAAAAUGACCAAAAAUGUAUCAUUUCCUGUUGCACAAACUCCAGACGUGAGGUUACUCCACCCCCAUCAACAGUGCAACACAGCGGAAGACCCAAAGUUGCAUUAUGUGCUUUAAAAACUCCACUGUACUCUGUCAUUACGCCACAGUUAAGCCAGUUAAUUUAGUGUUUUGAAAUGAACACUUUAACAUGAGCAACUCUGAGUAAUAGUAAGGUUAGUCCUUAAAAACAACAACAAAAAAUGAUCAAAUCUGUUGAUUCACUGUCGAGCAUUUAAGAAAUUCAAGUCAAAGUACUAUUUGUUACUAUUUCAAGUCAUCAGGGAAGUGAUGAAUAAGUUUCGAUUCAUUUUAUGUAGACUUUUAUGGUCAUUUUGAGUCAUCAUAACAUCUGCAAGUUUUAUUUUCUUAAUUUAGCCAAAAGAGGAACUUAAAAAAGAUCAGCACCAUUUUGAAAUGUAUCAACAGCAUCAGCAGAAUCUUCGCUUUCUCUUUAAAACCCUCUUUCAAAAUCCUUCCCAGCAAACCUCUGAACCAACACCUCCUCUCAGUCUUUCAGUGAGCAUUAGAAGUGCACCUAGAUUUCAUGUUUUUCAUCAGAGCAGCCUGAUCAUUCAGAUGCUGUUUUCAUCUUUUUUUUCCCCACUCUGUUGACUGCUUUUGUGUCCCUGAGCUGCUACUGUGUGGUAUUUUUAAGAAACAUUCGUUUAGCCACAGAUUAUCUCGUAUUUACUUGAAGUGUGAGAUAAUUGAAUCUAUAAAUCUGUAAACUGAUCAGCCGAGAACUAAUAGAUAGAUAGAUAGAUAAGACACCAAAUCCACUUUACAACAUGCUUUACAAUACAUUACAUCCAAUUACAACUCAUAGCCAUAUAAUAUGUUUUGUCCCGUUUCCCAAGCUUGACAAAUAUAGUCUGCUAUAAUAAAGGCUCCCUUAAAGUUUUUCAUAAUCACUUCAUUCAAGGAAAUCAACAUCGACAGAAGACAUUUUACGAACAAAUACCUCUCUUAUAUCAAUAUAUUUAGCGCAGUAAAACAAAAAGUGAACCUCAUUUUCAAGUUCACCUAGUUCACAAAACAUACAGAAUCUCUCCUCCUCUGGGGUGGCAUUAAACCUGCCUGUCUCCAGGGCUAAUGGAAAUGUUCCUGACAGUAUUUGUGCACAUAGAGAUCGCUGUCUUCAGCUUAAAUUAUAUUUCACAUAAGGCUCAGCAGUGUACCUGUCCUUUAUGAGACAAUAAGAUCGCAACUUAGGUUUAUACCAAAUAUCUUUUCUCCACUUUUCUUUAUAUCUGGAAAACAUUAUAUUGUAUGACACUAUCUCUCUUCUUUUAACGUCAUUAUUAGCUUCGCUCAUUCUGUAGUAGUUGUUUUUCGACUUAUUUAGAGUGUGACGACUUUAAUCAGCUUAUUUUCUUAGUUCUGUUAUCUCUUUCCCACAUGCUCACACACUCGGCACCUGCAGCUUUGCUCUAUUUUUACACACAACAGCAUGUCCCAUCCCGCCUCCUUCUGUCGGCCUCGUGUCUUUGUCCUCUUUGUGUCUGAUCUUUUGACAGUUUACGUCUGUAGUGUAUUUAACGACUGCCCCUUAAUGGUGACCCUAAUUUUCUUUUACCCCAACAGGUAACCUGUAUGUGGAUGAGGCUUCUUAUAAUAACUUGGGUAGCCAAAAAUACUGGUUUGGAAGUCAAAAGGUUGUAUUUGGAACAUCCCUAAUCAACAUCCUGGCUUUUUAGAGAGCAAGUUAGUGUCUGAGUGUCAUCUAGUGUCUGAAGUAUAAAAGAAUCCACACUUACUUGCUUCCUGAUACGAUGGUGGUGGUCCUGGUGUGAACGGCUGCCCGUGGUAAGCCGCUGGCAUAGGCUGAGUUCCGUAACCCUGUGGCAUGGGCUGGGCCCCGUAGCCUGGCUGGACUGGGACGGGCUGGUAGGGUGGAUACUGAGAGCCCGGGUAGGUCUGAGGAGGUGUGGGUGAUGCAGUCGGCUGCUGGGGGUACUGGCGGGGGGUGGUGGUGACCACCGUGGUGUGAGUCGUAGUAGCAAUCACAGCUGUAAGCAAAAUAGCAGACUCGUAUAAGAAAACAAGCUCUAGCAUGACGAGCUAGUGGUUCAAUCAGAGCUCUUGUUGAAUUUAAGAUUCAGGAAACACAAACGUAACACUGUGAAAGAGGAUGAAAAUAUGACCUUACUUUGAGUUUGUCUUAAUUGAGAUGAUUUUGAAGGGAAACAACCACAUCGCAGCAUAAACUGCCCAUUUAAUCUCACCACUACAAACGUAAUUUACCUCAAAUCUUUUGCUUCAUUACAAAAAAAAGGAAGUUCAGAUUACAUACAGAAAAGCUAUUUCUAUGUAACUUAAUUAUGGUGCAACACUUCUGCAUUUAUCCCGACAAACAAAGCUUUUAGAGCCAACAGGCAACAAGUCGUUCAGCCUUUUUUUUUUGUACUCUGGAAGAGAAAACAGAGACUUUAAAUAUGGUUUGUUGUUCACAUUAGUCCUCUGGGACUGACCAGAUUCUCAUUUUCACUUUAAUUAAUGGCUACUCUGUUUCAAAUACAAAUCCAUUACAGUACAUACUUUUGAGAAAGUACGGUUUUAAGCUGAAUAGAAACCAAACAAAAUUUAAAAUGCUGUUUUAAUUGAUUUAUUUGUUCAUACAUACCACUAAAUAAAGAAAGACAAUGAACCACAAAGAGGACGGCCGAGCAGGAAAAUUGCAGGAGAUUUUCGGGCCACAAAGUUAGAGUGACCGUAUUAUUAAUCCCCAAAAUGAGGAUACGACUACGCCGGGGCAGAGAGUUUUUCAGGUCGGAUCAAGUGUUUUUUUAUGCGCUUCUAAUUCAGUAAGUCUGUGCGACAAAAACUCAAAACUUCCAUACAAAACCCUAGACAUUUAAAUGAUUUUAUAAACUCCCCCAGACAAAGUCGGACAGGCUGGACAGCCCCCAAAAAAGAGGACAUGUCUCAGUAAAAGAGGACGUAUGAUCACUCUAAUAAAGCAGAUUUUGUAAACUAACAGCUACAAUGAGCUCUUGAAUUAUAAUGCAGCUAACUAGUCAUCCACAUUCCUUUUUCUAGAGUAAUCCAUAAACUAUGAAUGUUGUGUUUUAUAGUUUUUUGUGGUUGGCAGAGUAACUGUUGUGAAUUCUCGUAUACUGUGUGCUAAAUACUUGAGAAACAUGCAAUUUUGCACACAUUUACAUCAUGUUUGCACACACCAGUCCUGACACGCAGACAUCAGAAGCAGCAGAUGGUAGUUACAAAAAUGUGGUGACAAACUCAGUUUUUAUCUUGUCACACUCGAGGGUUCCUAAUCUAGCCACCGAGGAAUUUUCCUUCUUAGAAAUGUCAAACAGGCGAACAGGCUGUCUUUGUCCUGGGCUCUGCUUUCCUGAAUGUGCACCGUCUGACAUAUCGCUUUUGGAAGGAGACUGUUAAGAGCAUAUGCAGCCAAAAGAAGACCUACAGGACAACAGACUGAUUAAGGCUAAGCUCCUUGUUCUUCAAAGCAUUUAAUCACUAUUUCUAUUUAAAGUAAAUACUCUGAUACAAAGAGACUCAACAACAAUACGAACUAAGAGAGCAGUAAAAGUCAGGGCUCUGUUUUAUCAAGACAGAAUGUUAUUUAUCCUAAAGAAAAAUCAGGUUUCACAGACUCACACAGCUAGGAAAAAAGGAAAAACCACACGUGAAUAUAAAAUUAAACUCUAGCCAUUGACCUCAAUGUUUCCAUUUUAUGUACAGACCACUGUGAAAGUAGGGGGAAACUGAGAGAGAGCAUUGUCUCUAUAAUUAAAACACCCUGUGCAAAGAAAAAAAUACACAUGGGUGUGUGUGUGUGUGUGUGUCUCUCUGUGCUAGUCACCACCCCUCACCAUGUGCUCUUUUUUUUCCCUCUAACAAAGUGGGAGACAUCAUGACCACUUCCUGUAAAUGACGUGGGAUAGUUAGCAUUUUCCCCACUGUGGUCGUCGUGGAAACAGUGAGUCACACGGGGUGGAGCUCUGACAUUCCGGGAUAUGAUCCCAACAUGCAACAGCCCGCAUGGUGGAAUCCACAUUCCUGCUCGUGUGUUAGACUGAAGCUCUCUGCCAGAGAAAUGCAGCUGUGAAAAAACUGAGCAGGCUGACAGGAAAUGUAAGUGUAAGUGUGUGCGUGUGUGUAGUUAUUGCCACAGAGCGUGUCACUCAGGUGUCAACACAACUCAGGUGCUUUCCUACGCUGUGGAGAAGUUCAGAGGAAUUGGUUUAAAGAAGCAGGCCACCACAGACCAUGUCUGUGGACAGAGCAGAGGAGGAAAUCUGGCUGUAGAAAUAAUGUCCUGAAGGCACAGAGGAGGGCUGAAGAGACACAAAGUGAAAGCAGACCCACCCUGUUAUAAAGCAGAGAGCAGGGCCUGAACAGAGUCUGUCUCUGACUGCAUGAAAAACAAGGUGCACAGCUACAAAUGCCCAGUCUUCCUCUGUGUAUGUGUGUACAACGAAUAUAAGCUGUUUUGGAAAGUGUUGAUGGCAAAAUGAAAGAAAGGAUAUAUUUUAAGUAAAAAUUUAUUAUGUCAACUGCUUGAAUGAAGGAAACGGGCCCCGAGGUAAAACCCGGUCGUAGAGCUGCCAAAUCAAUAGAUUUGUGGAAUUUGUAAAAUUUAAAGAAUUUGUAGCAUUUACUGAAUUUCUCAUUUAAGGACAAAUGAAUGUGGUCCAGAAAUGAGCAGCUCCUGGUUCCACCAAGGGAAGAAAAACGAUCAGAAUUUGAUUAUUUGCAAUGUUUUGGUUGAAAUGGCUUAUCAAAAUCUACCGUAAUGUCCAGAGUCACCCUGUCGUAUCUGAAAAUGUAACAUGACUUUCAGUAAGCUUUAAUGGCCUCUCUCUAGGGCUGGGCGAUAUGGCCUCAGAUCAAUAUCACGAUAUAUUGAUCAGUUCACCUCGAUAACGAUAAAUGGACGAUAACUACUCCAUAAGCUGCUCACCCCCUCCCACAUUAACUUCGUCUACUUCAGCCGCUACAACUUUUGAACUUUCCUCCAUCUCCUCACCCGUCUGUCCCUCUUUGUUACAGACUGGAUGGGUUUGAGUCACGUCUCUGAUGUAGAACAGCGUCUUAAAGGGACAUGAAACCAUAGCCUACCUACACACAUCCAAAACCAACUUUAUUUAUUUAAUUUUGACACCGAAUACACUGAUAUGAGCAAAAUGACAUCGGUUAUUGUCGUAAAUUUCAGUUUAUCGCCCAGCCCUUCCUCUCUCUCACAUUGAUCAAUUAUAUCUUUGCAUCAGUAGAAGUCUUUUGCCAAUCUGAUACAGUGAUGUCAGCUAUCUUCCUGGUACCUUUGUAAUUAUUUGGAGGAACCCUGCUGCAGAUUUACUGUAGACGAGACUUUCCUGAGCUUUGGUUAUAUCAGAGGAACAACUCCAUGAAUUAUCAGGUGUUGUUCUUCAGGCUGAACCCUUUGAUUCAUGUCAAGUUUGUAGACCCGUAGGGGGUCAGUAAUGGAGAUAAAGACUUAUUUUAGUGGCUGUUAAGAAAUGUCAGGAAUUUGCUUCCUUCAUUUUCUCACUUCUGUUCUCCCUCCCCCACAUGCACAAGAGACCAACAUGUGUCAGUAGAGCAUGAAUGGUUUCCGAAAAGAGGGAAAGUUUAAUGUUUGUUUUUGUCAGUGUCGUGCCCAGCAGUAGGCACACAGCUUUCAGGUGGCUCUUAAAGCACAAAUAAAUAAAUAUCAUAUUUCUUUCUAUUAAAGGGCAAAUACUUCACUCAAACAGCCCAGCAGCUGCUGUUUUAGGAAACCCUGGGCAAACCAAAACAAACAGUAUUUGGUGUGGACUAUUUUCAGCUUCAACUCAGAGAGUGUAUUUGGUGGCAGGACCUUUGUUUAUGUGGGAAAAACUCAAAUUAGCGAGACUGACUGUUGUUUUUAGGGGCGUAUUCAACAGAAUUAAACUGGAUUAUUUCUGGGUAUCCACAAAAUAUUUGUAAAUAUCAUCACAAAUAAAAACAUGGCUGCAGAGUAUUUUUGAGCACAGAAAACCUUUUUUAUUAUAUGUGCUUUCUGAUCCACGGCACUGUGUAGAAACAGGCCUUGACCUGUUAACAGCUGCAAAACUAAAGCGAGGCUUUGCUCUCUGUGGUGGUGAGACUGCAACAGCACUUUUGCAUGAACUCUGAGCAGCAAUCAUCACUGAUGAUUGAACUGAUCAACCAAUCUGCAGGACGCAGUGCUCACCGCAAACUCACCACAUAAAAGCGCAGUGAAACUUUGCACAGUGUGUAGAAAGGAAUGACUUUAUAGCUGCGAGUGCAUCUACUAAAGUACCUGCUACGACUGUGAACAGUGUCACACAAACACUUGCAUUGGAGGAAUGUUGAACCAGUUUGUUCUGACAGUGUCUUAACCUCUGUGUUAUUAGAGAGACUGAGCCACUGCAGUAAUGAAAGUCAUGUGGUGGGUGGGCCAAUCCUCCUGAAAUUAGUCCCCUGAUGUUCUGUUUUACCUCAACAGACAAAAACUCCGACACACUGGAAACCAAGAGUCUGACUUGUUCGUAAAAAAACAUAAUCUGGCUGUCUGUGGGUUGUGAAGUUGUGACUGAGCAGUUGUGGCUGUUGGUUGCAUUAAGGAAACAUUGCAAGAGCAGUUGCAAACUGCAGAAGCAGCGUCGCGUGGCUACAUGCUGUUAAUACAUGACUCAGAGUUUAAAACCGAAGCAUAAAUUGACCGUGAUUCAUCAUGAGUCUUUUGCCAUGUGGGUCAUUUGUUACUCUGGCCUCUUUGCUGAAUGUUUCAGUCAUUCCUUCUUCAGAGAUUGUACAGCAAACACUAAACAACAUGAUGUGCUAAUGCUGAUGUAUUGUCUAUCAGUUAAUCCACUUAUCUACUUAGGUUAAGGUGAUUUCCACCAUACUGUGAGGAGGAUUAGACCAUUAUUUUAAGUUUCAAAUCACUCAACCCUACUCUAAGUCAAUUAGGCACGAGUUCAGUCUGCAGUGUUUUGGGGUCAGUUUGACCUGAGCUUCGGCGAUAAACACAGAUCUGAAAAUGUUACUAACAGCAUUUCAUACUGACUGUCCUUUUUAAAGCUAAUUUCAAGGAAUUACUGGUAGUAGUUCCAACAAACUUUGCUACUUUGCUUACUAAAGUAUCUCCAAAAAUGUUCAAAAUGAGGAUGUUAUAGCAUUUUUGUUACCCUGCUUUAAUUAUUCUUUGCUGUUAAAGGACGAGCAAAGCAAGGAAAUCUCCAUCCAUACGACUGAACUGUUUGUGAAUCAGUUCACCUUGUCUGUAUAUGAUGUCCUCUUUCAGGUAACUCUAGAGAUAGAGGUAUGAUGUAGAGUAAAAGUCAGUGUUUGCGCUUUCACUUUCUAUCUGCUCUUUAGUUUCUAUUUAUCUUGAAACUCCGCCCCUCUUUGCUCCAGGAUGGAAAAUUUGUAGGAUUUGACUCAUCAACGAUUCAGUCAGAUAUUCCAGGGGACAGAUGGAAAACAAACGUGACGUGAACAGCAUAAAAAAACUCAAAAGGUCUGAACACCAAACCCAACGAUACUUCUAUAUUUUUGCGCACCAAUAAAUACCAGGAAGUAAUGCUGGACUGUCCACAUUCUGUCAGCUAACAGCACUCUUAAAUCUACUUAUAAAAGGUCUUCAUGAGGAAUCCUUGCCAAUGAAUACAAAGACUACUGAGAGACAUUUAAGAGAUAUUUGCACCCACUUGGCCUGCUCCUUAAAUCAAUAAAACCAAAUUACAGCCUGUACUGAGCUCCUGACACACCAGCUACUGUAAAUAUAAUAUCACAGCAGUUAAACUCUCAGCCCGUCUGCCAGUUUGGUUCCAGAAGUCACAGCGUACAAAUAUCUAAUAUUAAUCAUCGUUUGUUGGCGACUUACGUCUUGGUUUACGGCACAUCUUGUACAGGCAGCAGCAGGGACAGACACAGCAGCAGAUGAAGAUGAGCACAAUCACGACAACCCCGCUAAUACCGACGACCAUGGGAAACGGAGAGUCGUAGGCUGCAUGGCGGCUAUCACUGAAAUAGAAACAAAGAAGAAAAAACAGUCAGACAAAGUUAUUUUGGUACUAAAUCAUAAGUACUGAUAGGAGACAGGAAAGCUACACGACAUCUCAUAACUACACCAGAAACAGUAUCGAAUACAACACGACUGACACGUCAUAAUCUAUUACAACAAGAGGUUUCUGUUUUGCUAAUAUACCCCUACAUGUUUCCCUCGCUUACAAAUUAACAGACCUGUAAGCUGAACUCAUUUUUCGAUCCGGCAGCGUGGGAGGAAGAGUCUGCUGUCAGUUUUAGAUAUCAGCUACGAGAGGGUGGUCGAGCACAGGAACACACACACACUGCUUCCUGUUUUCUACAUAAUCAUUGUUUAAAAAAAGCAUACUGAAUUAAAGCUCUGCGAUUAUUAUACUAGGAUGAAGAGAGAAACCCUUCUCAGUAUUCCUGUUUUGUCCCCUUACAUGAACAUUUACAUGUAUAUAUUUCUCUCACACACACACUAGUGAGACCAGAAGUGAAAGUGACUUAAUCAUUUAUUACUGAUUAUCAUCAAUAGCAUACCAUUCUUCUUGUUUGUCUUCAGAAAGUCUCCAGAAAGUAUCCUGACAGCAGUAUCUGUUGUAGCAAGAUCCACAGCAAAAUCCGGUGUAGCAUUUCUGGGAAGCCUGGUACGAAUCUGCUAGAUCUCUGUAGGACUCACAGUCCCGGCUUCCCGCUGUAAAAGAGCAGAGAGAUGAAAUAGAGGGGCAUGAAAGGUUAAAAAAAAAUCAAAAAAAGGGUUUCAUAUUAUUGUUUACAAGAUUCAAUUCUGUCUGGUCUGAUUCAGGUCAGGUCAAUCAUCUGUUUAACUAAUGAGAGGGAGGAGGUAUGACUCUCUCUUCUUUCAUGUACAGCCAAAAAAAGGAUUGAAAUAAUUAUUCUGACCAGAUUUUAACUGGAUGAUCUAGAUAUCAGGUGGUCUAGUAAAGCUAAAACUGUUAUUUUUUAGGUCAUCCAUUUCUCCAAGUCUGCUUUCUCGGUUCCUUGAAGUCGGCUUGCGAACACACACCAAUCAGCCAUAAAUCAAAAACACAUGGGCAAUCUAAUAUGACCCAACAGAACAGCAGCAAUGUCAAGUCUACCUUUAAUCAAGCUUCUACAUUUUUUAUAUUUGUGCACCUGGUCAGACAGGGGAUAAUAGUUGUUUGAAUUAAUUGUGGUUGAAGUGAGUGUAAACUGUUGAAAUAGGAGUGCUUUGUAUUGAAAGAUGGUCCUAAUUCCUAAGAUCAUUUUGCCCUUCUUGUGUUUGUUAAUGAAAUGGGCAAAAUAUAAGAACACUUUUCAAUAAACACACUCCAGUACCCACCCAAUACUAAUGCUGCAUUCGAGUCAGAAGUCCGAGCUGAAAAUGACGUCACACCCGAGUUACAAGCUUAUAUUCGGACAAGGCAAGCGCUAAAAUGACUUUCGUAGAUGUAGCCAUCUUGUUCCUUCCUCCAGUUUUGCUUUUUUUCCGACUUGAUAACUGAAACUGGUAACUGGCAACUCGGAUGUGGUGUCAUUUCACACAAGUUACCAGCGUUUCAGUUACCAAGUCGGAAAAAAGCAAAACCGGGGGUGGAAACAAGAUGGCUACAUCUACGAAGGUUAUUUUAGCGCUUGCACAGUCGUUGCUUAUAUCCAGACCAGGCAAGCACUAAAAUGACUUUCGUGUAUGAUGUAGCUAUCUUGUUUCCGCCUCCAAUUUUGCUUUUUUCCGACUUGGUAACUGAAACUGGUAACUCGGAUGUGGCGUCAUUUUCACACCCAAGUUACCAGCAUUUCAGUAACCAAGUUGGAAAAACAAAAAACAAAACUGGAUGCGGAAACAAGAUGGCUAGAUCUACAAAAUUAUUUUAGCGCUUGCAUUGUCCUUGCUUAUGUCCAGACAAGGCAGGUGCUAAAAUAAUCUUGUUUCCAAGUCAGAAAAAAGCAAAAUUGGAGGUGGAAACAAGAUGGCUACAUCUACGAAAGUCAUUUUAGCGCUUGCAUUGUCCUUGCUUAUAUCAGGACAAGGCAAGCACUGAAAUGACUUUCGUAGAUGUAGCCAUCUUGUUUACGCCUCUGAUUUUGUUUUUUUUCCGACUUGGUAACUGAAACGCUGGUAACGCGGGUGUGACGUCAUUUUCAGCUUGGACUUCUGACUUCCGAGGUAACUGUAACGCAGCAUUAGCACAUUAUAAUAAUCACCUGUCUUUUCAUAUAGAAAAAUUAAAAUUUAGAAACUUCCUGAAAGCAGACCUGUUAGUAGAGCUGUUGUUUUUGAUUAUAUUGUAUUGAAUUGUCCCGUUGUUCAUAAUGUUGUAGCUGAUUAAUGUAUAUUAGUGAGUAUUUUAAUGUUAAGUGAUGAUUUGGGUUAGUGCUACACAAAUAAUCUGUUUAUAACCUAUUACAGCCAUAACUAUAGUUACUGAGGAUGUUUUUAAUUAUGUUCCCAAAGAAAUAGGGAUUCUUCCAAUUAGGUGUUCUUUUAUCUUAACUGAUUUUUAUCUGUUUUUGUAUGAAGAAGCUCGUUGAACUAAAACGUUGAAUGUAAUAACAACGGCUUGAGUCAUCUCCCAGGGUAGCUUCUGGUGGUAAUUGUUAACAGUCUUUUGUAGACUAAUGGUUACAUUCAGUUGAUAAAACAUUGGAACUGGCCUCACUUAGUUAAGUUCGCCAACAUUAAAUUCCUGAAAAUACAGUCGAUGACAUCGCCCUGAAUUUGGUCACUUCGGGCCCCCGUAACUAGCUAACGUAACCUCUGAGCUAACUGUUAAGUAUUAAAACACUCGGCAACACGAGCGCUACAUUAAACAAGAACAAAAGCGAUGAUAGAGGCGAGAGAGACCAAUAAGAGUUUCAAAAAUAUACUCACCGGAUACAUAUAAAGGCAGGAGAACACACAACGCCAGUAUAACAACACGGGACAGGCCCGACGCCAUGUCUGCCUCUCCGAAACAGGCAGGAAACUGGAAGUGAUGUUUUCACAGCGAGCUCGGAAAAGGAGGUCGACAGGAGGGUCCGCUGCAGAGAUCGUCUAUUAAUAUGAGGGCCCGCUCAGCUGACAUUUGGCCCACCCUUUCACUUUAGACAUCCCAUUCCAGCAAUUUUUUCGAGGUUUAUCACCCCUUAUUUCUUUUUUUCCCUUUUUUUAAUUGAUAAGAGUACCCUCGGUGAUAUUAUGUUGUUUUAAGUGGAAAUCCACAGACCUUUCUGGUUAUUUGUCCAGUGCUUUCACCCACUUGCUGAAAUGUAUGCUGUUCUUAUAUGCUUGUACUGAUUAUGAAGAGAUUUAACAGUGUCUGUUGGGGCUACAUCUGUAAAGUGGCUUAAGGUAAUGCAUAAUUAAAAAAAAAAAUAGAUAUGGGAUCAUUUCCAGUUAAAAUGUUAGAACAAUCUGAGGCUGAGGUCGGUUGCCACAUCAAACCUCCUCCUAAAACUGAGGUAGGUAGGUAGGUAGGUAGGUAGGUAGGUAGGUAGGCAGGUAGGUAGGUAGGUAGGUACUUUAUUAACCCCAGAGGGAAUUUCAAAAAAACAGAGGCAGCACCAGUGAAACACAGUGUACAUUCUACGAAUACAAAUACUAUAACAAUAUUUACACGAAAUAAAAAAAUAAUAAAAACAGUCUAUAAAUAUGACAUAUAUAUACACACACAUACACACACAUAUAAAUAAACAUAUAAAAUCAUUUAAUUAAUGUGAUUGGCAUUAGCAGACAAAUGAAAGGUAGAUUUAUAAAUCAAAUUGUUUGGGGCCAAAGGAGUCACUCAGAUGUUAGUGUUUUGUUGCCCACUACUUCCCCAAGCUCAGGACAGCUUUUCUGCUUUACAGCUUAGAUUUCAUGUCAACUAUCCAAUAUGCAGCUCUGAUUCUUUUAAUCUAAUAACAAUGAAACUUUGCGUGUAAUCAGGGAACUUUCUCAAGGUUAACAUUUGGUUUAUAGGGGGAAAAAGACAUCUACGUUUAGAGACACCGUAGGAACCAUUUUUGUUUGGCUUUAUUUUAUUCAGUUACAGAAUAAAAGUUAUCAAAGAUGCCCUGGUAAAUGGUGCAUGGAUUCAUUAUGCUAUUCACUAUUCUGGCAACAGCAAGCUCUGCUGUUUAAUGAAACUGGUCACACAUAAAAUAGUGAGAGUAAGAUAUCUUCAUUUUUCACAUCUCUAACAGACUCCACACAGGAGCUGCCCACAGAGGCUGUAUCUAGGAAAGUUGCUGUGGGCUGUUCUCUGUCAUGCCUGGGUAAUAGAUAAAGCUCAACUCACCAGUAUACUAAAAGUGCUUUUGGCUACUGGAGGGACUGGCAGUUUGGUGGAUCAGUGGUUAAGAAAAAAAGAAGUACUGCUAUCAAUUGUAUACAAUUUCAAACCUGAUAGAAAGAGAAAUAACAGAGUUUUACAUUUGGCUUUCUCAUGCCUGUUUUUUCAGUGUGAUUUCUCUGUGUCAGAGUGAUUCAUUUCUUUUCACAAACGCUCUUUUAAAUUCUCAGAAACUGAAGAGAUGAGACUCUUUUUGUUAUAUAUAAUAAUGUGGACAUAACGCAAUAUAACAAAACAUAACGCAUAAAAUCGUUUAAUGUUUUACAUGAGCUGCAAUAUGUCUGGAAUACGAGCUCUAAUUUGUUGGGACAAUUUCGGUUCUCUGUUGGUGAAAGUUACAUACUUCAUUACAAUAAGGAAAGUUAAAGUUCUUCUUAAUCUGUUUUUUUUUUACCUCUUAUUGGAAAUUGGUAAUGAAUUUAAUGCAAUUCUAAAAAAAAGUGGAACACUUAGGAAAUGUUUAUGAUCAGCAAAUCAUUUAAACCUUGUUUUCAACGGAAAAUGUUGGAAAGACAAACAUUGAGUUGUAACGCAGAAGUAUUGUACUACUGAAUACUCCUGUGAGGAGUUUUUCUUUAAACAUUUAUAAAAACAAUUGAAAUUCAUAGUGAUGCCAUUUUAUGAUAAAUAAAAGAAAAGAAGACCAUCAGUGACUAAACUGACAACUUUUAUACUGUUAUUAUUAUUGCCUGAAACCUGUGCAACAGGGUAUUUAUCAGAGGAGCUGCUCAGGAAAAGACCUUGUUUUCAUUUUUUACAUAUUUCACAUUAGAUUUUCAAAUAAUAUGAUAUAUAUUGACAACCAUAAUGUUAUCUUAUAGUAAUUAAAAAAGACUGUAAUGAUAACACAAGUAAUCAGAAUUUUUAUUUGAUUAUGGAGAGUUAGUAAAAAGAUGAAUACACCCUUGCAUACUCUGUCUAUCAUCACAUUAAGUGGUCAGCCGUAUGUUAAAUACCAACUAUAAUGUCAUGGAGGCUUUCCCAUCUAACAUGUCCAUGAUAGACUGCUGUGGUAAAUUAGAAUUAAACAUGAUACUCAGCAGCCCAGCAAGCCAACCCUGCUGUUACAAACUCCCAGUAAACAGUGCCAAAGCCAAAAGAUCUGUAGAGGGCAGCAAAACAUUAUAUUAGUCUUUGCUGGGUGGGUGGGGCGUUCAUAUGAGGACAUCCUCUGUUACACUUUUUGGAGAUGUUUAUGUUUACCUUGGUGAUUAUAAACCCUUGUAAAGCCUGUUUGUUGUUGGUAGAUGAAAUGACACCAAAUUUUAAAUACAGGGAAGACUGAAAGCUAAGAAAACACUGUGCAUUUUGUUUUGCCUCUGCUUCCUAUCCACUCCACCAUACAUGACUUCCACCUUAUAAACUGUACAUGCAUCAACAAUGGUUGAUUAUGGACCAGAGUGUGUGAAAAUAAGAGUAUCUCCAAACUGCUUUAACAAAAUCUCAGCAUUGUUCAUGCAGUAAGGGUAUAGAUAUAUGUCUUUGGGCUGUAAGCUGAUAAGAUUUCAGCUAAUAUACUUGUAACUCAGGGUAUACUGAGUAUCUAUACUUAUGUAUUAGGACAGAAAAUUUCCAAUGUUGUGUCCCUCCUGCAAACAUUGCUCAAAAGGAUAUUCCGGCGUAAAAUUAAAUUAGGGUCAGACACACCAUAACACCAAGUUAGACACUCCCUUGAGAGAUCAAUGUUGCCGACUGCUUGCUUCUCUAGGUGUACCAAGUUUAGUAACGACCGCACGAUAGCUAUACACAGCGGUCUGAGGAGCCAUAAACAAACCUCAACAGUACAUAUAGGGUCCCAGCCAUAGUACUAGCCACCAAACAUCUUUUUAGCUUUGCCUGAUUUCUGUAGCAAAGAAACUAAACACAACUCACCCACUCUCUUCCAGCAGCAGCCACUGUUGAUGGAGUUAGGUGCUGUUCUGAGCAUUAUUUGUGGCUAUAGAGUGGCGUUUUGGUUGAGGUUUGUUUAUGGCUCCUCAGACCAAUGUGUAUUGCUAUCGUGCGGUCGUUACUAAACUUGGUAUAACUAGAGAAGCAAGCAGUCGGCAACAUUCAUCUCUAGAGGGGGUGUCUAACUCGUUGGUAUGGUGUGUUUGACCUUAAAUUAAUUUCACGCCGGAAUAUCCCUUUAAUUUUUACCAAAGACCUGCAGAAAAAAAGUCAAAUAAUGCACAUAUGACAUUAUUUUUUCACAGCUACACUGAUAUCACCCAGACUUAAGGAGUUGCUCAAGAAUAGGUUGAAGGUCUCAUUUCCAACACCAGGGGUCACAUGUACACAAGAAAUACAACUACCCCACCCAUGAACUUCCUCCUUUAACAUCAACAAACCUCAUAUAUCUUAAAAUGACAUUAAAAAUUGAUGUUAGCUAUGCUGGAAUGAAAACCAGCACGCUUGCUUGCAUCAAGGUUAAGUUUAAAAACGUAAAUGAGCGGCCUAAGAUGCCACUGGUGACAUAUAGUUGGCAGACAUUUUACAGUGUCCUCUUUAAACUCAGAGAAAUGACGGUGUUGGCGAUAAACUGGAAAUAUCAAUAUGCAAAUUAGGUCACGGCCUUUUAUUACACGGUUGAACAACUGCCAGAAGACAAUACACGGUUCAAGGUGACAGUAGUCUGGUUAUGAUUGUGACUCAGUGAAGGAAGGCUUGUUGUUACCCGAAGUGACCCGCCGACGUCAAAGCGCGUGUUCUCGCGAGACUUCCGUCCAGUUUGAGCUCUUAUAACCAGCGGCUCGUCCUCGUCCUUUUCGUUCGUCCUCAGUGCAGGAUAACGAAGCAGUCAUCUUACUCACCUUCUUCGACUAAAAAGUCAGAGUUUGACUUUAGAGACGCGAGGUUGCCGUUAUCCUGACCCUUACGAGAUCAAAAGAGAGGAUUCAAUCUUUGACUUGAAGGUCAUUUUUUAUAAAGAGGUGAGUUUUUACUUUUAUUCCGCCUUCUUCUUCAUUUCGGCUAAUGUUAGCAGCUUAGCUAACGUUAAGCUCGGUCAACCGGCAAAUACCAAGAGCGGAGAGGCGAACGAGAGGUCUUAGCUUUUAUCACAAGAAAGAGGGUUUUCUAUAUCGAUGUUAUUUGUUGUAUUUAUCGUUGAUAUAGAUGAGUUAAUGUUAGUAUCGGAUUAGUCGUGACACAUGCUCUCUUGGUUAAUAACCGUGUUAUUGUAGGGUGGCCAUCACGGAAGAUCACUCCCGAGGGUUUAAUCGGGCUUUACAACAAACUGUUGAUGUGUCUUAGAUUUAUAAAUGUUUAGUUAAAGCAUCUUAGCAGAGUAUUGUUUUAUCUUGAUUGUAAAUACGUAGGGUUCAAGUAGGGAUAGGUUUUUUCUUUGGUGAGAUAAAAGUCCAUGACUGUGAAUGCAAGUCUAACCAAUUGAUUUGUUAGGUAUUAGGUAUAUUUAUUUUAUUCAUUUACCCAUUUAAUUACUUGCUACUUAUUUAUAUAUUAAAACAAACAGUUUAGACACAUUUUAGACCAAGAUUCUAUUCCAACACGUUUCCUCUUUAGGUCAUUUCCCCCUUUUCCUGGAAUAGAAGUAGAGGCGGAGUAUGGACUCUGUCGAGGAAUGUGUAAACUUGGCUUCAGCAGGAGUAAGACUUUAUUAACAGACAGUCAGACCAAGCUUCUUUAUUUAUCUUUUUAACAAAUGAGACUGCAUCUUAACAGGAUUUUCAAUGUUUAAAGACACUUGUUGCAGCCCGCAAACUUCAGAAAUUAAUGUUUAUGGUGUUGCUUUAGGUGUCAGCAGUGUUGACCGUUUUUUCCAAAGGCAGUUGACCAAUAAAUCUUUAAUACAAUCCAUUUUUUCUGAUCAAAUCUGAUACCGAUAACUGGGCUGAGCGUAUCGGCCGAUACUGAUCCAACAAUACUGCUAAAUAAAUGAACUGUCUACCUUGCCCUGUGAGAGAAGGCAUCAGGCUUGACAUUAGUCUUGUUUAAAAAAAAAGGUCAUAAGUUAACACAGAUAUAAAUGUACUUAAUAUUAUUUAUUAACAAAUUGCACAUUAGCACACAGCAAAAAGAAGUAAGACUUCCAUGUAUUAAAAGAAAAAUAAAUUACAAGAAAAAAAGACUGGAUCGGAAAGCUGGAUGGGCGUCAUUCAUCAGUAUCUGAUCCAGUUAAUUUGUCAAUAUCGGAUCGGUGCAUCCGUAUCAAACCCAGAUUUUCUUUAAAUGUCUCAAAAAUUUCAUCAUAAUCCAAUAUUUACUUGGUAAUGAGUUUCUUUCUAAAAUAUGUUGGCACCAUGAUGUUUCUAUGCACUAAAGAAGUUGAAACAAACUCAGAAAUAAGCCUUCUACACAGACAUAAAAUAUUUGUCAUUGAAGUCACUAUCCUUUUCAUGGAUAGUAUCAAAGUAAUUAACAUCAGCUUACUACAACAACCUUUCACAUAAAUGUUUCUCUAUAGACGAGGGUUGGUUGGAUUAAAUUAUUUGCGUUUCAUGUAAAGGAAAAAUGCCCUUCGAGGUGGCCUGCGCCGUUAAGUAAAGCCCUUGCAAAACCGGUUUAGCAGCGCCGUAAAAGGAGCCAGAAGUUUCCACAGCUCAAGUCUCAAUUACAUCAUGUUUUUUUCUCUUUCAGACUUUUGGACAAUCAUCGUCACCUCUGCUGAAUAUGGAUGUGAUUGUACGUCGCUGUCCGUUCCUGGCUCGUGUGCCUCAGGCUUUCUUCCAGCAGACCAAAAAGACUCUGACGGUGUACGCCCAGAAAUGUCCCAUCAUGAUGGAGCUGGCCUCAAAGCCGAUGGCUCCAUCAAUGGCUCGAGCCUUAUGCUCUUCCUCCUCUCACCAGAGGACCGAGGACACGGUUUCAGCCAGUGAAGGUGAGAGUGAAUAACAAGGAGUACCUAUACUGAAGAUUUAUCUCUGUUAGGCUAAAACAGACUGAAUAAACUUUUGUUUACUUGCAGCCCCAAAGCAGGAAGAGGGAUCUAAGCUGCCUGCUGGACACCCCAUGCCACCCCCAGGCCAGGCUGUGGCCUCCAAAUGCCCCUUUCUGGCUGCUGAGAUGGGGCAGAAGAACAGCAGCGUGGUCCGCCAGGUUUGCAUGGAGUUCCAAGAGGAUGUUCAGGAAGUCCGCACCGUCCAGAAAGGUGAGAGUCGUUUACUAAAUUGUUAGACUGCGUAGCUUUGCCCAGCAAUAUAGACACCGUUUGACUCUUGUGUCCUCUUUUCACCUGUUGUAGAGGUGUCCCCUACCCAGCUGAAGAAGCCAUCUUUGGCCAGCAUCACAAAGGGAAGUGAAGGGGAUCACACUAAUCUGAUGAAGACCCUCCUAAAACAGCAACCCAAAAGGGUCUCCCACUUGCUGCAGGAUAACUUGCCAGGAAGCAGUAAGUUUUCAUUAAUGCCUUAUAACAAAUUGAUUCUGUAGUAUUAUCGCAGCAUUUUUAAUUCGAGUGUCCUUAAGUGUCAGAUACUGAUGUUACUCAAUAAAAACUUCACUUUGUAAUUUGAUUUUUAUUAAUUCAAAUCAUUUUAAGUGUGUAUGAGGGUACAAGUCUGUUUUAGUGACUCUGAGUAAGGUUAGCUGAGGCUUUCUUCAUGUUAACUCUUGCUUCAUCUGUGAAAUAGACAUUAAGCAAGCAUCGUCUUCCUCUUUCAUCACAGUGUCCCGCUUCCAGUACGAUGACUUUUUUGAGAAGAAGAUCGUGGAGAAGAAGAAUGACCACACUUACCGUGUGUUCAAGACGGUGAAUCGUCUGGCCAGCGAGUUUCCCAUGGCCGAUGACUUCACCGGCUCUUUGGAGGAGAAGAGGGAGGUGUCUGUUUGGUGCAGCAACGACUACUUGGGCAUGAGUCGACACCCGCGGGUGGUGCAGUCUAUAAUGUGAGUAAUGCUUCUGUUGGGUAAUCUGUGGGCUGGUUUAGACUCUUAAAUUAAGGGGUUUUCAUAUGUAAUGAGACAAAUAGUUUCAGGGAGAGAAAGGGACGGAAAGAGGUUCGGACAAAGCGCACAGUAAUGGAAAAAACCUGACACCCAGAAGGGAUCAAAUACAUUGUUUGUGUGACUAUAGAGUGCUUGUUGGUCAUAGGUAACACCUAAACCUCCCAGGCCCCAGUCAGGUGGGAUGUUUUUCUCAUUCUCUUCCCACAAGCAAGUUUGGGCUUGCCCAGCUGUCUGACUCCCAGUGCUACUCUAACACCUUGGAGUGAAGUUGACCUGCUUAAUUGUUCAUGUUUUCUCAUUUCUAACAGUCUUACGUCUCUGUUAGUUCACAUCUUAAUUGUUUCUCUCCUCCAUUUUUCAGGGAUACUUUACGAAAGCAUGGUUCCGGGGCAGGAGGGACCAGGAACAUCUCUGGGACCAGCAAGUUCCACGUAGAACUGGAACAAGAACUGGCUGACCUCCACAAGAAAGACGCUGCGCUGCUCUUUACCUCCUGCUUUGUGGCAAACGACUCCACCCUCUUCACCCUCGCCAAGAUGCUGCCUGGUAUGCAGGAUGACAAAUCAACGUAAUUCUAAAAAUAAUCCUAUGUUUCUGGGCCUUUUCGACAUCUCAUUCACUCUUCCUCUUUUCCUCCUGAACUGUUUUAGGUUGUGAGAUCUACUCCGAUGCAGGCAACCACGCCUCAAUGAUUCAGGGUAUCAGGAACAGCGGCGCUAAGAAAUUCAUUUUCCGCCAUAACGACGUUGCCCAUCUGCGAGAGCUCUUACAAAAGGGAGAUCCGGCCAAACCCAAGAUUGUGGCCUUUGAGACUGUCCACUCCAUGGAUGGUGAGUGAGGGAUAGUCUUUGAUAUUCUUCAGGAAGCACAUAUCAAACUUUGGAUAUCAGCUCAUCCGUUUUUCUGUCUUCCUGUUCUUCAGGUGCUGUGUGUCCGCUGGAGGAGAUGUGUGAUGUCGCUCAUGAGUUUGGUGCCAUCACCUUUGUAGAUGAGGUCCAUGCAGUGGGUCUGUACGGCGCCAGAGGAGGCGGCAUCGGAGACAGAGAUGGUGUAAUGGACAAGAUGGAUAUCAUCUCAGGGACUCUAGGUCAGCAUAUGAACAUGAAAUACUCUUACUUUUGGGCAUUAUGACGUUAAGACAACGUUAAACCAUUUAAAGAUUACAUAACUAGCUAGCCGCGCCCUCUUGACUAUAUUUAUCCAUUUUUCACAUUUUAUAUGAUUUUAUGAAUCCAAACAAACCAGCUGAUGGAAAUCUUGACGCACACUGUUUUGUUGUCGCGCUCAGGAUCAGGUCUCCUCUGUGUCACAUGAUAUGCCGGAGGGCUCAAAGAAGCUGCAGCUCUGCUGUUGCUAGGAAACUGUCGGCUCGUGUUGUGCUCUUAUUGAAUUACCCUCAGUGUCUGGUUGUUGCUUUCAAGCUGUGGGGACAAUUAUUUCUGACUGAGAGCUCACCGUACUCUUUUCUCCUGCCAAUCCUGGAUGAAUUGGGUUUUGAGAUUUCAGUGGGAGGGUUUUGGAAAGAGCUCUCAGUUAUGUAUUGUGUGUUUUGAAACAAACUUUUGAAGUUAAACAACACAAAAAGUCAUCAACUUGGCUGAGGAAAUCACCUACAAUUAUAUAUAUAUUAAAAAAAAAAAAGACUUACCAGGAUUUUUACUGUCUUCCUCCAGGCAAGGCCUUCGGCUGUGUGGGCGGAUAUAUCGGGAGUACAGCUGCACUGGUGGACACGGUGCGUAGCUACGCAGCCGGUUUCAUCUUCACCACCUCUUUGCCGCCGAUGCUCUUAGCCGGAGCCAGACAGUCCAUUCAGGUCCUGAAAGGAGAGGAGGGACGCGCUCUGAGACGCAAACACCAGCGAAACGUCAAACUACUCAGACAAAUGCUAAUGGACUCAGGGCUGCCUGUGGUUCACUGCCCCAGCCACAUCAUCCCAGUCCGGGUAAAUUCAGAUUUAAUGUUCCUCUUCAUCAUCUCCUCUGCUUCCUGUCAUUUUACAGAAAAUUAAAAAAAGAGUUGCUACAUGUCUGUGUCGUCUAAUGGCGCCAUUUUAAUCAUAUUAUGUACCUCAUUGUAUUUUUGUAGGUAUCAGAUGCUGAGAAAAACACAGAGGUUUGUGAUCUCAUGAUGAGUCGCCACAACAUCUACGUGCAAGCCAUCAACUACCCUACUGUUGCCAGGGGGGAUGAGCUUCUGCGUAUUGCACCAACGCCUCACCACACUCCUGAGAUGAUGAAAUACUUUGUUGGUAAGAACACAAAGUCAUUAAAAAUACUAAAUUUUCUUCAAACAUUUCUAAACUUUGGAUUGUUUCGUAUAAAUUAGCAUCCAGUGAGACCUAAUCAUGAUGAUCUAAACCUAACCCCGUCUCUUUGAUUUCUCCUCCACAGAGAGGUUGGUGCAUACCUGGAAGGAGGUGGGUCUGGAGCUGAAGCCCCACUCCUCAGGAGAGUGCACCUUCUGCCAGCAGCCGCUGCACUUUGAAGUGAUGAGCGAGCGAGAAAAGUCUUAUUUCAGUGGCCUCAGCCACCCGAUCUCAGCCUGCGCAUAACACUACUCUCACUGCGAGCUGAAGACGGCACAUACACACUCAUUACCCAUUCCUCUGUCACUGUCACAGAAUGUAUUAAUUAUCUUUGAUAAGUCCUCUUACACAUAUUAUUUAAAAUAUUCUAUGUUCAUAUGUUCUAUAAGCUCUAAAUAAAAGAUAUGAAACUGAAAAACA